AUGUUAGCAGGUGCUUCUAUCAUGAAUGCUUUCAAACACAUAAUAGCACUUAAGAAGCAUAAAGAAAUGCCCAAUGCUAGUAAAUCAACCCUGAUUUAUAUGUUCUGCCUACUGGCCAGCCAAAUCUCAGACAUCGAACCAAAUCCAGGUCCUUGCAGUGGCACCCAAUAUCCUUGUGGUAAGUGCUCUGAAAAUGUCUCAUGGUCCCAGAAGGGCAUAUUAUGUGAUGACUGUGAAACAUGGCAUCAUGCAGCUUGUGAAGGGGUAGGUAAUUCCACAUACAACACGUUAUCAGACUCUAAGUUUAGCUGGUAUUGUUGUCAAUGUGGUUCUCCUAAUUAUUCAGUUUCGUUGACUGACUCCCUUAAUAGUCUUAGUGAUACUUCAUAUUAUGCACCCCUCACUAAUGAUCAUGAUAAUAUCAGUACAAAUGUAGACCACUACUUUUUUCUUCAAGACGCUCCUUCAACCCCAAAAGCAACAUCCAUCCCCAACCCCAAAAGUAAGUCAAGGCCACCUAAAGUUAAACUUAAUAACUCAGAGCGCCUCACUAUUCUCAACAUCAAUUGUAGGUCCGUAAAGAAUAAAAUACCUGACUUGCAUCUAAUGGUAGACCAAGUCAAACCUGAUAUUAUCUGUCUCACUGCAACCUGGUUAAAACCUGAUGUCAGUUCUUCUGAAAAUUUUCCAGACACCCUAAACUAUAGUGUCUGUAGGGAUGAUAGGUGUGGUGGACAGGGCGGGGGAGUGAUGAUUGCCAUCUCUAAAGCGUUACUCAGUCAAGAACAACCUGACCUUAAAACUAACUGUAAUAUAACCUGGUCAAAAAUAUCUUUAACUGGUAUAAAAAACAUUUAUGUUGGAGCAUAUUAUAAACCACAUGAACUUGACGAACUAUCAUUGUCUGAACUGUGGUCAUGCUUAAGUAAAAUCCCGAAGGAUAGCAUAAUAUGGCUCCUCGGAGACUUCAACAUGCCUGAUAUCAACUGGGUCAAUGAAACACUCAAACCAAAUUGUAAAAAUAGAAGUCUCUAUGAAGAUUUUAUGGAAAAACUGUCCCACCUAAAUUUGGAACAGAUGGUAAAAGUCCCAACCAGGUUGUCCAAUAGCCUUGACCUCUUCCUUACCUCUCACCCAUUCCACGUCCACCUCGUCAAGACACUUCCCGGCCUUGCAACCUGUGACCAUGAUAUAGUAUUUCAUGAGGUCAAAAUAAACAGAGGGCGACCCAUCCAGCCAAAGAGACUAAUAAAACAAUAUCGGAAAACUAACUGGGAGGCGAUCAGAUCUGACAUGCGCUCAUUUAGUAGUAGUUUUAUUAGUAAGGCCCAUACAAACCCUGAUGAGGCUUGGAACUCAUUUAAGGACAGCUUAAAUGAAUCUUGUAUCAAGCAUAUCCCGACUAAAAUAUCCAAAUCCCGUGCCGACUUGCCUUGGUUAACUCCCAGAAUUAUCAGGCUUAUCCACAAGCGUGAUAAACUCUAUCACAAACUCAACAAAUCCCCAAAUCAAGCUAAGAACCAGAAACUGAAGUCCCUAAAAUCCUAUAUACAAAGGCAAAUAAGAGCCUCAUACUGGUCAUACAUGGAAAACGUCAUCUUUAGCCAUGAUUCCCAACCUGAUGCAUUGUAUUGCCGUAUAGAGCUUGCGCCGUAUAUAGAUGUCAUGGGCUCAAUCCCUUGCUACGUCAUACGAAGGACGUAA